CAUAAAAUAAACAAAAAGAACCCAAACCAAAAACAAAAACAUACAAUAGUAAUAUUAAUAUUAAAAACAGAAAGAAGAGGGUAAGGUAACACCCGCUAUGGCGGCGGAAUCGGGUGGUACUGCAAACUUCGACCUUCCCGAGGAGAUGAUGCAAGUACUACCGUCCGAUCCCUUCCACCAGCUCGAUGUGGCUCGCAAAAUCACUUCCAUUGCCUUAUCGACACGUGUCAACGCCCUCGAAUCAGAGCUGUCCACACUUCGCACUCAGAUCGCCGACAGAGACAACCUCAUCGCCGACCUUCAGUCUCAAAUCGACUCCCUCGACGCCUCCCUCUCCGAAACUGCCGACAAACUCCUCCUCGCCGAACAAGAUAAGGAGAGCUUGCUCAAGGAGAAUGCUUCGCUUUCCAACACUGUCAAAAAGCUCAAUCGAGAUGUCUCCAAGUUAGAGGUUUUCAGAAAGACGCUUAUGCAAUCACUUCAGGAAGAGGAUGAUAAUUCUGGAGGAGCUCCAGACAUUGUUGCUAAAAUACAGAACCAAUCAAAUUUUACUUCCACGUCACAGUUUGGAGAUAAUGACGCUUCAUUGGCACCUUCUAUAUCUUCUUCAACAGGAAAUUCUUUGGUCGAAGAACCCGAAUCUGAUGCCCCAAGACCUAGAGUACCACAGAACCUCCUCUUAGCAUCUCAAGGUUCCACCCCUCGGAUUACUCCCCCUGGUUCCCCUCCUAAUCUGUCUGCAUCAGUAUCACCUACGAGAACAUCCAAACCUGUAUCUCCAAGGCGACAUUCGGUUUCCUUUUCAACCACAAGAGGCAUGUUUGAUGAUAGGUCUUCGGUGUUUUCCUCCUCUUCCUUAACUCAAGGCUCAAUAUCAACCUCUGAUGCAGGAACAGGAUCACAAACCGGACGAACGCGAGUGGAUGGAAAAGAGUUCUUUCGCCAAGUCAGGAACCGUUUGUCUUACGAACAAUUUGGUGCAUUCUUGGCAAAUGUUAAAGAAUUAAACUCCCAUAAACAAACAAAAGAGGAGACACUACGGAAAGCUGAUGAAAUUUUUGGGCCUGAAAACAAUGAUCUGUACAAUUUAUUUGAAGGAUUGAUUAAUCGCAAUGUCCAUUGAUGUUGUGCUUAGGGGAAGUUUUAUUCCCAGUUUGUUGUAAUAACAGAUACUAUCCUAUCCUUAUAGCAUCUCCUUUCCCCCCUGUAUAUCAAAUUAUCUCGUUAAUUAUUAUGUAACGCAAUAAUUCUUUGUAUAUGAAAACCAGUAUAUUUCAUUUCACGACUCAUUCCAA